UAGUAGUUAUAUAUAUUUUUAACUAUAUUUUUAAAAUAUGUAUGGAAGAAAAGGCUUUAAGCUUAUUUCAGAACUAGAUUUAUAUUCUGAUAUAUUACCAUUCAAUGAGGUACUUGUUAAAGAAGUUUUACAGGAGAUGCAAUGUCUCUAUGAUGCAAAUGUAGCAGAUAGCAAUGCCAUUAGGAAUGAUGAUAAUAUGGCAUUAUUGCCAUCAGUACAGUUGAGACAUACAGCAUUAAAAAGAAAUAAAAGAUGUGUCUUAGCAUACAUAUAUAACAGAAUGAGAAAACUAAGAGAAUUACGAUGGGAAUUAGGGAGCAUUCUACCGCCAGAAAUAAAUUCCAAUUUAUUAAAUGCUGAAAUUCAAUGGUUUCAGUCAUAUAAUAAGUCUUUAGCUAAAUACAUGAGAUCUUUAGGAGAAGACCAUGGGUUUAAUCUAACAACAAAUAUGGUACCUCCAAAAACUCCUUAUGUAGAGGUCAAAUGUGUAGAGGAUUUUGGAAGAUUGGAAUUAGAUGAUGGCCAAGUUAUUUUGCUAAAAAAAAAUACAUAUCAUUUGCUACCAAGAUCUGUUUGUGAACCAUUGAUACGACAAGGAAUUCUUGAACAUAAGAGAAUUUCCCGUGUAAACUUAAAUUCCGUAUAACAGCGCGCAGUUGAUUCAAACAGUUGGAAGCUUGUCUGCAUGCGCUGCAUUGCGCCUUGUGCUCAAAAUAAUAUAUGUAACUACGGAUUCUUCCCUAUUGACAAAAGACGAUGCAAGCAAUUCAUUUGAAAUCGAUCAAGUCUACUAACGUGAUCUUCAUUUGUUGCACUUGCGACUUGACAUCUUCAAACGG